AUGGACACCAACACCCUCCCCACCCCUGCCCACUGCACCGCUGACUUCUGUCUGAUCCCGAUCGGAACUGGGUCGGCCUCGGUCUCGGCCCAAAUCGCCGACGUCCAGCGGCUGAUUGAGCAGUCCGGCGUCAAGUAUGUCAUGCAUUCUGCGGGUACCACGCUUGGUAGGUUCCUGAACUCCCCCAGAAUCAAAUCUAGAAGCCGAAUGAUCCUCCCGGCUGACUCGUUAUUCCCCUCCUCCCGUCACACAGAAGGCCCCUGGGACCGAGUCCAUCAGGUAAUCGGCCAGGCCCAUACCCUCCUCCACCAGCAGGGGAUUGUGCGCAUCCAAACUGAUAUCCGGGUUGGAUCAAGGACAGAUAAGGAGCAGUCCUUUGAGGAUAAAGUGAACAAGGUGCGGCAGCUACUGAGCCAGGAUUCGAAGUAG